GUGUCGACUGCGUCGACCUCUGUCCUUACUCUCCUCACCUCUUAUCUCGUCGCCGCUGUGCUGCUGUCACUCUCUCGCUACCAACUCUCAUUUACGUUGCUUGUAUUGGUCGUAAUGUUUGUUCUCAAGUCGAUCGCUACCCUCCUUGCCCUUGCGGCCUCGGUCUCUGCUCACCGCUCUGCGCAAGCCAUUCACCGCCGUCACCACCGCAUGCAUGCUCACUCCCAACGGACAUGCAGCUCACACAUCGCUACAUCGGCGAGCAAUUCCGCCGAGUCCGCUUCGCCCACGGCCAAUAACGACGAAAUCAGGACCACUUCGAGCGUACACUCCGCGUCAUCUACUCAUUCAUCCGCUGCCGCCAUCCAGACCUCGGAUACGCUCUCUUUCCACACCGACCUCGCUGCGCUCGCGCCAAUCGCCAAUAUCCUGGAAACUUGGUCGACCGCGCCCUCUGCUCCGGAGCCUCUCCCCCUGAGCGACUCGACCUUCCGCAUCACGAACGACCUUACCGCGCUCCCGCACCCUUACGUACCUGCUCCCGAUGGUCAGCUUUCGGUGAAGGCCACCUACCCCCAGGGGUCAUGGAACUUUCAGAACAGCCCUCAGGGUGGUUUCUCUUUCUAUGCCCCCGGUCCUUCUGACGUCGACCUCACUACCGCGAAGGAGGUCACCCUCGGCUAUUCUGUCUUUUUCGAGGACGGCUUCGAGUUCAACCUGGGCGGCAAGCUUCCCGGUCUUUACGGCGGUGACUCCGAUGAGAUUGCACUCAGCUGCUCGGGCGGAAAACGCGAUAAUCGCUGCUUCUCGGCGCGUCUGAUGUGGCGCACGAACGGUGCCGGCGAGAUGUACACCUACCUCCCGCCAGCCUACGAUGCGAACGACGCCGUCUGCAAUGUAGCGCCUUUCUCUACCUGCAACGACGAGUAUGGCGCCUCUGUUGGCCGCGGCUCGUAUACCUUCGAGGCCGGCCAGUCAACCGCGAUCAGCAUGCGCGUCCGUUUGAACGAUGCUGGCCAGCAGAACGGCGAGCUCCAGCUCUGGGCUAACGGCCAGAGUGUUGUCAACGUUGGCGGCCUGGUCCUUCGUGACAGCGAUGCUGGCAGAAUCCGAGGUCUUAUGAUGCAGACGUUCUUUGGUGGUUCCACUCAGAACUAUGCUUCGCCAAAGGACCAGAGCACGUAUUUCCGCGACUUUACGAUUGCCAUCACCGAGAAGCUGUAGAGCGUAAUCACCUGCCCUUCCGCUCUCCAAUGCUACGCGACCAGCUCAAUCCUACGACACAACAUCAUCAACAGUCAAUCCUUUGGCACGCACACACACGCAGUCCCCACAGUCUUCAUGCUUUCAUGCUUUCCGUGCUGGUUCAUGUCGUCUUUCACCGGUGUCCUUGUUACCGACCGCAGGACGUCCCGUGUGCGCUAGAGGCGUACAUUGUCCUAGGUCUGCCCACAAGAUGGGCGGGCCCGCCGCGGCCCUUGACGGUGUCGCGGAGAUGUCGAGUAGCUCUCUAAGUACGUUGGCUUGUUGAUAGUCAUGCUCUAUCUCACGUACUACAUCCUCGUUACUCUAAUUAUUGCUUUCAUUUGCCCCAUCGCGUCGCAGUAUGAUCUGUAGCUUCCAUCGAGACACUUCAGGUUU